AUGGCCUUAGCUGUCGUCACCUCGGCCAGGAAACUGCGACCCUACUUUCAGUCGCACACGAUUGAAGUACUGUCCAACCAACCACUCCGAACGGUUAUGCAGAAUACUAACCAGUCAGGACGGUUGACUAAAUGGGCGAUGGAGCUGAGCGAACAUGACAUCGUGUACAAGAAUCGCACAGCAGCAAAGUCACAGUCAUUCAGUUUUGGUUUUGCGGCGUCAAACAACGAAGCUGAGUACGAAUCCCUCAUCGCAGGGCUCCGUCUCGCCAAGGCAAUGAAAGCCAAAAGAAUCAGCGCUUACUGCGACUCUCAACUUGUCGUUCCUCGCGGAGAAAAUGUCUGUGCCGACGCCCUCGCUGCUCUAGGAAGCAAGCUACACGAUCAAGUCAAGAGGACAAUCCCAAUCCAUAAAAUCGAGAAACCGAGCAUCGACACGAAGGCGGAACAGACUGCGAUCGCAGCAGCGAUUAGCGAAGCGAUGGACAUCGACGAAGCAGAACCUCCUUCGCAGGAUGAUCAGCCAACAGAUUGGCGCAAGGAACUCAUCGAUUACCUCGCUGAAGGUUUAUUGCCCACCGAGAAAUGGGACGCGCAGCGACUGAAGCGACGUAGCGCACACUACGUUGUCAUGGACGGGGAACUACACCGAUGGACCGCGACGAAGGUGCUACUCAAAUGUAUCUCCGACGAAGAAACGAGACUAGUCAUGGCCGAAACACAUGAAGGAGCAGCAGGCAAUCACUUGGGCGGACGAGCUCUCGCAUUAAAAGUAAAGAAUCUCGGAUUCUACUGGCCAACCAUGAACGCCGACUGCGAGACUGCACCAUACCCAUUCAUGCGAUGGGGAAUGGACAUCAUCGGUCCGAUGCCGGCAUCUCUCCAAAAGAAGUUCAUCCUGGUCCUCACAGAUUACUUCACCAAAUGGGUUGAAGCCGAAGCCUACGCCAGCAUCACCGACAAGGAGGUACAAAACUUCAUCUGGAAGAACAUAAUCUGCCGACAUGGGCUCCCAUACGAGAUCAUUACAGACAAUGGUUCACAAUUCAUCUCGCAUCAUUUCAAGGGAUUCUGCGACAGAUGGCGAAUUCGACUCAACAUGUCGACCCCGAGAAACCCGCAAAGUAACGGCCAAGCCGAGUCAACGAACAAGACCAUCAUCGACGGUCUGAAGAAACGACUCGACUUAAAGAAAGGUUGCUGGGCAGAUGAACUAGACGGUGUCCUGUGGUCCCACAGAACAACUCCUCGCGGAGCGACGAAGGCUACCCCUCUCUCGAUGGUCUACGGCGUCGAGGCAAUGGCUCCCGCAGAAGUGAAUGUGACGAGCUUGCGCCGAUCGCGAAUGCCACAAAACGUCGAACUCAACCGCGACAUGCUGCUCGACGCACUCGAAGACAUCGAGGAAAAGCGCGACCAAGCACUACUCCGUAUCCAGAAUUACCAGCAUCAAAUCGAGAGCUACUACAACAAAAAGGUCAAAUCGCGUCCCCUCGAAAUGGGCAAUCUUGUCUUAAGAAAGGCGAAGCAAUACCGAGAGCUUGGAACUCCAAACAUCUCCGCCUCUUCCAUCCUUAGUCAAGACGAACGCCUUACCGAGUAA